UUUGAUCGUGUGGUAGUUGUUGUCCUUUCAGAUGCUAAUUAUGAUGAUGCAAUGAAAGAUGAUUAUCUCUCAUCGUUGGCAAAAAAACAUAAUGGCAUUUCCUUGACAAAUUAUAAAGCUUUGUCUCAUCCGUCUCAAGGAAACUAUAUCGGUAUGAUUAGUGGUUCCACUUCAGGAGUUCAUUUGGAUUUCGAUGCCAAUAUUGAUGAUCGAAAAUCAAUUGUGGAUUUACUUGAAAAGAAACAGAUCUCGUGGAAAGCUUAUCAGGAAGAUUACCCUUCAGACGGCAAGUGUCAUAAUGAUACAUCCAUUGGUAAUUAUGCACGCAAGCAUAAUCCGUUCAUCUCAUUUACCAAUAUCUCGGGUAAUCCUACUCGUUGCAGUAACAUUGUACCUGGUACUCAAUUGGAUGAUGAUAUCAAAAAUAAUCAAGUUCCUCAAUUUGUCUUCUAUACUCCUAAUAUGAAUAACAAUGGCAGAAACAGCAAUUUGGCAACUGCAUCCAAAUGGCUUUCCUCUUUUUUGGAACCCAAACUCACGCAAUCUACUUUUAGCAAGAAUACACUUUUUGUUAUCACUUGGGAUAAGCAAGAAACAUUGGUAUCAGUUCAUAAUCAUGUAUUAACAGUAUUGUUAGGUUCUCCUGUAAAGAGAACUUCUAUUACUGAUGGUGUACCUUAUGAUCAUUAUUCUAUUCUCAAGACAAUUCAA